GGAAGUUAGAAUCCAAUCCUGUCAAUUGUCUCGCCCUGAACCGAGACUAAUUUAGUUAUUUUUUCGUAAACAAAUAUGUAUUUUUUUGCCAACAAACAUUGCCAAAUACCGGUAUAAGGUCAUCUAGAUACAUUAAACAGACGUCUUGAACUGGCUUAUAAGGGGUCGGUUCUGAAAUGUAAUAACCUGCCUUUCUCCUGUCCGACAAGAGCCGCUUUCCACCGUAUGCGCAGCGGUUAGCGAACUAAUGAAGUCUUUACGGGAUGGAACAGCAAACUGGACUUUUAUAUAUGAAUUUGUAGGGAACGCUUGAUAAAGCCAAAUAUUCACCGCGGGCGCAGAGCUCCGGCCGAGGUAGGCCCAUGUGAUGAUGAUGUCAUCUGUUCCGGCUGUUCCAAGAGGUGGUCAGCAGAUACCCGGCACCAUAUCGGUGGGUCUGGUGGAUCCAUGCCCCCCUCUUUCCCAGUUGUACCAUGAACAACUGGCCACAGGGUGCAGAGAGACUAGCAAGGACCAGAAGACUGCUGCGGCUUGUGUAGGACCUCUGAUGACCAUGUCUCUCAGACCAGCAGAGAGCAAAACUAGAGAUGGUAAUCUUGGGAUGAGCUCUGGUGGGAGAGAGCAACAGAUCCCGGUGGAGCACAGGCAGAACGCUUUGGGCUCAGUCUCCAGUCUAAGAGGUCAUGUCUAUGGGACUGCUGGCUCUGCCGACUUCAGAAGAGCAGAGAGACCAGUGUCAGACCAGGUUUGGAAUGUUCAAGGCUUUCAAAGACCUGGCAACAAUGGCAAUGUCUUGGUUAAUCCAAAACAACUAGAGCCUACCUCCAGAGCCUCAGCCAGGGCCUCGCCUCCGCUUCAAGGCUGCCCCCCUGGCCCUGCUCCCCCGGCCGGCCCCACAGGUGAGCAGCUGGGCAUCCUGGAGCGCUGCCUGGCACCCCACCAGGCAGAGAUGAAGCGGCUGCUGACGGGUGCCCUGGGCACCCUGUGCCAGCGGCUACAGGUGGUGGAGAGGAGGAUGGAGGAGCUCUACGAGCAGGGAACCAAACACGGCAACAGCCUGGCCCUGCUCAACACCCAGGUGGGCCAGCUGGCGAGAAGGAUGACCGCCACCACCAAACAGGACUUGUCACCUCUCCAUGGUCUGGGAACGGAUCCAAGAGCACUGAAAGAAGAAAAGUUGGACUUCACCAAGCUGUUACCACAUGGUCCAAACCCUUCAUGCAAUAUGGGCUGCUCUGGAACAGACAAGGGGAGCCUCACUGGAUGUCAAUGGAGGAUGGCGACAACAUUUUCACCUAGCCACAGUCCGGCCCAGCGCUGUGAACACAAUGAGGGAUUUGGUGGGGAAAUUAAAAGGACAGAGUUGGGGCACUUCUUAUCCUCUGUCGGAAAAGAGGCGGUCACAGAGUGGUGCAUACAGGGAAACUACUCCCCCAUGUCGGAUUCUGAGGAUCUGGACAUGGAGCUCGCUGGCGAGAAGGAGCAGGACGCUCCCACCUGGUUGGUCAAUUCUGCCCUGGUGGACACAGAGUCUAGUGACAGCCAGGAAGUGACCCUUCUAUCUCCUUCUUGGAAGGCGCAAUCUGGGGACACUCAAGUGAACAGGAGAGGGAGUAUGGAGACACAUCCACACCCUCCUCAUAGACACGUCCCCACUCAAUCACAAGGCCAAUCCAAAAGCACUGAGAUCCCAACGUGUCCAAUUCCAAGUGGGACUAUGGCUGCAUUUUCUGAGGUGGUCCAGUUGAGCCCUAUAGGACCUUGCUCUCUGUUGGUACAUUCCGUUAAAACUGUAGGCUCGUCUAGGUCCGAGCACACAGGUAGAAUAACUCCAACUUAUUUCCAGCGAAGGAUCACCAGCCCACCUCGCACUAACCACACGGCCUACACGCAGUCCUCCAAAGAGGCAGAGAAAGACCGGAAGCCUGAGAGGAAGAGGCGGAACAAGAGGGAAGCGAAGGCACACCCGGUUGGCGAGUUCGUCUCCACUGCCGCCAUGUCCAUCAAGGGUAGCUUCUCCGCCCAGGUACAGGACCAACCGCAGGCUGGUGUGGGCAGGGAGACAGCCGAUGAGAGGCAGUGGAGUCAACAACACGAGAGGUUUGUGGAGAGUAUAAGGGUGUCAUACGGUGGACAAGAAAAUCAGACCCUUAGAUUAACCGUACCUACUAAUCAGCAACACUCUCCAUUGUGCCAUGCCCAAUUUACAUCUCCAGACCGACCAUCAGGUUCAGUCUCUGUGCCGUAUUCCCGGUCUCCACCAUUGACUGGCUACAUGGACCCUCAGAAGGACAAACAAGCCCUCCUGCCCUUCCAUUCUAUCAGCCCCUCUCUGGACACCUCCGUGGCCUCCAACUUCCCCUCUCACCGAAAUGGCUCUUGUAAAUCUCUCAUCGUUGGUGUUCAAUCCACCCACCACGAGUGCCAGGCCCUCCUUGUUCAGCUGUCGGGCACAGCCAACCACCUCAUAGCUGCCAGCCCCUCUCCGGAGCUCCCCUCACCCCCGGAUGGUGGUAAAAGCAGACGGGGGAACCUCCCGCACUUCUUCAACUCCAAGCUCAAGCGCCACUGGGAUAAGGACCGGCCCUCUUGUAAGAAGCGGCAGCUAAAAGGCAUUAGCGGCACUGGUGGCGCUCUAGCCAUGACUCUCCUGGAGCUGCAGGAGGAGACGUCGCAGCACCACUGGCAGCCACUGGUGAUUCUGGGCAGCCCAGUCUUGCUGCUUUCCCCCCUGCAGCUGGCGUCCCUAGCCCAGACCUUCUCCCGCUGCUGCAGCAAACUCCUGAACGGAGACACCUCUACCCUGCAGCGGGGUGUCUCCCGCCUACUCCGCGCCACUGGUCAGUUCCCCAUGUCCCUCUUCAGCCAGAUGGGCUUCUCUAAGAGCUCCAAGGGGUGUCUGAGCACUGUGCUGGCCUCCUCCUCCCCAACCUCCUUCCGCCACUGGUUCAGACACAAGUGCCCUGCUACCCUCAUGAGACUGUCGGCCACAGAGAUGAAGACUGUGGUGUGUCAGAUCAUGGAGUCACGGAAGAAGUACAUGCAUCUUCCCCUGCUGCCCCUCAAGGACUACACUGGCCCGUCUGGCCUGGGCAAUGACCACAGCACAUCUCUCACCUCUCCGCCCACACAGCGAUGUAGGGUCAGACUCACCCCAGAGCGGGCCCUUUCCCAAUCCAGAACCAGCCAUGGGCACAGCCCCAAGACCAUGCGUCUGGAUAACCAGCCUGAGCCUGUACCCAGUCUUGCCAUCGCUACUGCCAACGUCAAAUACCCAGGUCUGCAUGGGCAUGGCUGCAGCCCAUCCAGAGAGGGAGGUCUGUAUGAGGCGACUGUGGGGGCCCCGCCAGGCCAGCGCUCCAAGAGGGUAUCCCAGAUCCGCAUCCGGAAGACUGUUCCUAAACCAGACAAUAACCUCACGCCCAUGGGCCUGCCCAAACCAAAGAGACUGAAGAAGAAGGAGUUUAGCUUGGAGGAGAUUUACACCAACAAGAAUUAUAGAUCACCCACUCCCAACAGGAGCCUAGAGACAAUCUUCGAGGAGCCCAAGGAGAAGAACGGAUUGCUAGUCUGCAUCGGCCACCAGAAGAGGAAGCGCGUGCUGGACUUCCCAGAUUUCACACUGCCGCGCAAACGAAAAGCCAGAGCCAACCUGCUGCCCCUGCGCGUGAAGGGCCCCAGGGGCCGGGGCCGGAGGGGGAGGCCCGACGAUUCCGACCUGGACAUUAUGCUCAUCGAGAGGCUGAGCGAGCUGGAGGACUUCUUCACCUGCCAAGGCCUGGAGGACUGAGCAGCCCCUCAACAUCCCCUACUUCACAUCCAAAUGCACAGGCUGUGUCCCAAAUGGCACCCUGUUCAGAAUAUAGUGCUCUACUUUUGACCCAAGCUCACCGGGUCAAAAGUAGUCUCAUUUGUGACAUGCUACACAUGCAUUGCACGCAGUUCCUCAUUCUCAGUUUUUGUUUGGCGCACUUGAAAUAACCAGCCAGUCACAUUAUUGUUCUAUAACUGCAUUUGAAGAGCUAGUUAAGAGCAAAGGCAAACCGUGCCACUGGCCAGCCCAGGCGCAUUUGUUAUUGUUUUUGUUUUGAGGAAAUGAGCAUUCGGCAUCGUUGAAUAUAAAUAUAUUUGAACAUACUGUGCUGUUCUACUGCGCAUGCAGUGUUUGUUGUUUGAAGUAAAGUCUUUGUUGUUGUCAUGACGCAAACGGACGUUGCCGCUUCACCUCUAUGGAUUCCAACUUUAAUGCCUUAGUGGAAGUUUAAAGUCAAUCCAGCAAAGAUAGGAUUUUGUUGAUAGACAAUGUAUAGUGGCUGAACAAUAACUGUCUUCUUAGGAACUAAUAAUUGAAACGGAGAAUUUGGAACACUGAUACCUAAAUGUGUGCGUUCGUGCACACACACAUGAAGCUUUUGCGUAUGAACACUGUAGACUACACAAGCACAUGGGUGGCAAGUUCACCAACCCACACCCGAGCACUUUCCUUCUUACCUUAUUCAGACCAUGUGACCUGUACUGGGAAAAACUCUGGGUUGUAGUUAAGGCCCAGAAUCUUUGUUAGGCAGGUGGUCACAUGGUCAGGAAAAACUCUUGUCCCUAACCGUUUUCCAUUUGAUGGGGGUGUUUGAGGAGGUCAUGUGCACUGAGUGGUCCGUGCUUCUAGUACAGUGAGAGUGUGGGCUGUGCCUGUAGUUAUUUUCCUAAUUCCUAUUGCUGCUAUACCCCCUACCUAGUAUAUUGCUAUAUUAUAGAUGUUAUCUCAAAGUUCAGAACAUCAGUUUUAUUUUAUUAAACCACGUGAUCCAUAGUCAUAUGGGGUGCAUUGGGAAAGUAUUCAGACCCCUUCCCUUGUUCAAUAUUUUGUUACGUUAAAGCCAUCUACACAUUAUGCCACAGGGGGGGAAAAAUGGUUUUUAUACAUUUUUGACAAAAUUAUAAAAUAGACUGCCUUAGAUUGGAAGACCUAACCUGGUUGCCAGAUCUAAUUAUACUUCUUGCGUUAUCAUACCAAACAGUCUGGCCUUAGUGCAAUCUCAUUUUCACAUUGCAUAAUGACUGUCAAGAUACAUUUAUGCUUUAGCAAUAUCCUUAUCUGGGAACCAGGCUAUAACUAUUUGUUGUAGUGUUUGCUUACCACUGCGCAUUUUGUUAUGAAUCACUAAUUUCAGGUGAAUAAUUCGUUUUUGAACUGUGGUCAGUCAUCAUUACAUAUCGGACAGGUCUUGGUGCGGAUUGAAGUGGAAACGUUCAGCUCCACAGCCAUACACAUUGACAUAAUCCUUUCUUGAAUUGCUCAGCACAAAAUGAAAGUGUCAUUAUCUGACAGUGAUCUAAUGGGGUUUGUAUCUAACGCCCAAAUAAUACACUGUUCCUACUUAAGUUUUUUAUUUUAUUUUUUCAAUUCAUUUUCUUUUGUAUGGUUACUUUCCAAGAGAGACCUCAUGUGGUUUGCAAUCAUUGUUUGUAUACUUCUCUACUGCCCUGGACCUAUUUGCCAGUAGCUUUUCUUGUGUGGCAGAAGUCUUCACUUAUUGACCCCCCCCCCCCAAGAGAGCCAGACCCCAUGAAGUGUUCUAUUGCACCUUCUCUCCUGACCUCUGACCUCUGCUCUUUAGGCCAGAGAUUGAAUUGUAGAAACAAGUUAUUUUAAUUUAGCUGUAGCAGAGGAUUAUUUGUGUUUACACUGGUGUGCAGUGUAAGAAGUGACACACUUUGGAAUCCCAUAUGUCAGUGAAAAUAUGAAUUUUAUAUUGUUUUUCAUUAAAUCCCUCCUAUUCUUUAUUUCAUCCUCUGUUAAAAGUGAUGGGUGCUUACUGCAUCUGACUGAAGGUUAGUACUGUCAAUUAUUGUAUUAUAUUUUUACGAAUAAAAUGGUAUUGAAAUGUG